AUGGCCUUGCCGGACGCCUUCUCUCUGGCCAAGAAUAUUCGACAUGCUCUGGCCUCGCUGUCUCCAAAAGACUCUAUUCAUGAAUGUGGCGAUGCGCCGCUCAAGAUCAUCCAACAACGACCCGAAGACGUGCUAGCUCUGGCUCACCAGAAAUUGCACACUUGGAAGUUCGAUAGUAUCCCGCUCUGUUGGCGGCGCCUGUAUGAGGAAGCCAGUCUAUAUCAGGCAAUCGUUCUCCUCACUGAUCAUGGUGUGCGUGGUCAAAAGCGCAAGCGCCAUGCUUCACCACCUCCUGAACAUGACUACAUCACCCGUCUGGUCCAUCUGCUCGAUAUGGCAGUCAUCCUUACUGGUGCGCCUCAGCAUCGCCACCUCAUACUAAGUAUCUUUGACUCGUUGCAGAAUUUCCUUGAUCCCAACGAACAUAAAGACAUUUCUAAAACCUUUCCUGUCACACCAAUACCCCGAUCACAGAAUGACACUUUCCCUCGUGUCGAAAGGCUAGACUUUCUACAGUUUCAACAACAUCUUAACACCAAGACGACUCCAAUCAUAAUCAAAGGUGUAAUUGAUGACUGGCCCGCAAUAGCUAUCCAAGAUCGACGAUGGAGUGAUCCAUCAUAUCUGCUCAAAGCUACACUCGGAGGACGUCGACUAGUGCCAGUGGAAUUGGGGAGAAGCUAUACAGACGACGAUUGGUCUCAGCGCAUCAUGACCUUUGCUGAAUACAUGAACAGCCAUCUUCUGCAACCUAAGCAAGAGAAAACUGGCUAUCUCGCCCAACACGACCUGUUCACUCAAGUCCCAAGCCUGAGCGCAGACACAAAUACACCAGACUAUUGUUACACAUCUCCACCUCCGCCCGGAUCCCUAUCUUCCACUGUCGAGGUCGAGACUCUCGACGAGCCUCUUCGCAAUGCCUGGUUAGGACCUGCAGGUACUAUCAGUCCGUUACAUACGGACCCCUACCACAAUAUAUUAUGCCAAGUCGUGGGCCAUAAGUAUGUCCGCCUGUAUGCGCCAUCAGAGACUGCGAAACUAUACCCUCGUGGUAUUGACGAGACUGGCGUCAAUAUGGAAAACACGUCAAACGUCGACAUCUCCCUUGCGAGGAAACUGUGUAUACCGAGUGAGCAAAACCAAGCAGACGAAUCGGAGAAACAGGAAUUUGAGGUACGGUUCCCAUUGUUCAAGGAUGCAAGAUGCACAGAGGGCGUGCUGGGCCCAGGCGAGUGUUUGUACAUCCCUGUGGGAUGGUGGCAUCAUGUGGAGAGUCUAAGCACGAGCUUCAGCAUGAGUNUUUGGUGGAACUGA